AUGGCACCCCAAGCUGCAGAUGCCAAGUUGGCCGACAUGCAGAAGGACAUGGUCGAAGUAGGUGGCAAGCAGCAUAUGACAACCGACUAUGGCGUCAAAAUUUCCGACCCGGACCAUUGGCUGCGUGUUGUGAGCGAGUCGAAGACGGGUCCUUCGCUUCUGGAAGACCAGAUCGCGCGCGAGAAGAUCAUGCGCUUCGACCACGAACGCAUCCCCGAGCGCGUCGUCCACGCCCGUGGCACAGGCGCCUUUGGCACUUUUAGACUCUUCGAGAGCGCCGAGGACGUUACCACCGCCGGCGUUUUGACGGAUACCAGUCGUAAGACGCCACUGUUCUUGCGUUUCUCUACUGUGCAAGGGAGCAAGGGUAGUGCAGAUACAGUGCGGGAUGUGCGCGGAUUCGCCAUCAAAAUGUACACGGACGAAGGUAACUGGGACAUUGUGGGAAAUAACAUCCCCGUCUUCUUUAUCCAGGAUUCUAUCAAGUUUCCCGAUGUUAUUCAUUCUGUCAAGCCCGAGCCGCACAAUGAGAUUCCGCAGGGCCAGAGUGCCCACAACAACUUCUGGGAUUUCCAGUAUAUGCAUUCGGAGACGACGCAUAUGAAUCAAUGGAUUAUGUCUGACCGGGCUAUUCCACGCUCGUAUCGAAUGAUGCAAGGCUUUGGAGUCAAUACUUAUUCUCUCAUCAACGCGCAAGGCAAGCGUCACUUCGUCAAGUUCCAUUUCACGCCAGAAUUAGGCGUGCAUUCCCUCGUCUGGGACGAAGCCUUGAAGAUCUGUGGCCAGGACCCUGAUUUCCACCGCAAGGAUCUUAUGGACGCUAUUGACGCUGGCCACUUCCCGCGCUGGAAGUUCGGAUUGCAACUUAUUCCCGAAGAGAAGGCGGACGAUUUUGAAUUCGAUCCGCUCGACGCUACCAAGGUCUGGCCUGAGGAGCUAGUGCCCAUCCGUUACAUCGGCGAGCUGGAGCUCAACCGCAACGUCGAUGAAUUCUUCCCGCAGACUGAACAGGCUGCCUUUUGUACCAGCCACAUUGUGCCGGGCAUUGACUUCUCCGAUGAUCCGCUGUUGCAGGGCCGCAACUUCUCCUACUUCGACACGCAGAUCUCACGUCUCGGUCCGAACUGGGAGGAAUUGCCUAUUAAUCGUCCCGUUUGUCCCUACAUGGCGCUCGCCAACCGUGAUGGCGCUAUGAAGCACCGCAUCAAUAAGGGAACCGUCAAUUAUUGGCCGAAUCGGUUUAACGCCAACCCGCCGGCUGAACCGUCGCAGGGCGGAUUUGCUAGCUACCCAGAGAAACAGCUGGGCGUCAAGGCGCGAGCGCUAUCGGACAAAUUCAAGGACCACCACACCCAAGCACAGACCUUCUACAACUCGCUGUCAGAAAUCGAGAAGAUACACGUCGCCAAAGCCUACUCUUUCGAGUUGGAUCACUGCGAUGACCCGGUAGUAUACAAGCGCAUGACCGAACGCCUGGCAUCCAUCAGCCUGGACCUGGCGAAGACCGUCGCGACCAACGUCGGCGGUGGCACGCCUAGCAAGGCAUUGAAGGAGAAUCACGGUCGGAAAGCAAAGGGCCUCAGCCAACUAGAGUACCUGCCCGAGAACCCCAUUAUUGAGACACGCCGCAUUGCCAUUCUCGUUGGUGACGGCUUCGACCAUGCCUCCUACACCACGAUGAAGGAGACGCUGCAAUCUCGUGGUGCCUUCGUGUUUACCAUCGGGUCCCAGCGCCAGGGUGUCAAGGCUGAGUCCGGACAGACCGUUGUACCUGAUCACCAUUUCAAUGGCAUGCGGUCCACGCUCUUUGAUGCUGUAUUCGUGCCAGGCGGAAAGCACGUCGCUGGUACGCUGGCUAAGAAUGGUGUCGCCAAGUUCUGGAUUACUGAGUCGUUUGCCCAUCUCAAACCCAUUGCUGGUGUAAAUGAGGCCGUUCCCUUCAUUGAGAAACAGAUCGGUCUUUCUGAGGUCAAGGUCGCGUCUUCCGGCACUGCUGGCCUCGAGUCCUAUGGUGUUGUGACGGGACACGGCGAAGCUGCGUCCACGCUGAAGGUGGCGAAUGUUGGACCCAAUGCGAAGGGUGUGGCGGAGAUGUUUAUCUGGCAUGUCUCGAAACAUCGUAACUGGCAGCGCGAGCUCGAUGGGCUUUCUGAUCAGGUUGCGGCGUAA